CAUUUAGGUCCUUUGGACACUUGCACAUCCAAAAAAUAUCUCCUUCCAGCAACAGGAUGCAGCCUUAGGAUUAGCUAGGCUCUCUUCUGAUUCUCCCCCAAGUUUUGCUGUUCUUUAUCUCAUGACCACGAUGAUCGCAGCUAGCUCCAUAGUGAAAGCCAACCUUCCUUGCUCGUCAAGGAUAUCCUCCAGCUCAGACUUCUCAUCUGGUCAUUCUUGGCGCCCAUUAGAGGCGGCAAAACAUUACCGGGCGCAUGGUGUGCGCUCGCUGCGGAUAACAUGUGCUGCCACUAAGACUGCAAAAUCUCCAGCUGAAGAAGAAUGGAAGAUCAAACGGCAACUCCUAGUAGAGAAGCGGGUACGUAGUGUUGAUGUGAAGGAAGCAUUGCGCCUUCAAAACGAAAACAACUUUGUAAUCCUUGAUGUCAGACCAGAAGCAGAGUUCAAACAGGCUCACCCACCUGGUGCUGUUAAUGUACAAAUAUACAGAUUAAUAAAGGAGUGGACAGCAUGGGAUAUUGCAAGGAGGGCAGCAUUUGCUUUCUUCGGCAUAUUUGCAGGAACAGAAGAGAAUCCCGAGUUCAUAAAAAGUGUUGAAGAAAAACUUGAUAAAGAUUCAAAGAUAAUUGUAGCAUGUUCAGCUGGAGGAACAAUGAAGCCAACACAGAAUCUACCUGAUGGGAAGCAAUCUAGGUCUCUGAUAGCGGCGUACCUGCUGGUCCUAAACGGCUACAAGAACGUGUUCCAUCUGGACGGAGGACUCUACACAUGGUUCAAGGAAGACCUACCAUCUGAAGGAGAAGAAGAUUGAGCAGGAAAGGACCUGUCAGUUAUUAGUUGCUACGAUAUUGUUGUUGUUCAUACGACAGCAGUUUGCGAUGAGUUGUAAUGAUGCGCGUUACGGAUAAAAUUGUCCGCACUAGUUUUGAGAAAAUUGCAUAUCCUUCCCAUCUUA